AUGAUCAUGGAAGAAGACGAGUCGUUGUAUGUGCCACUAAAGGUACGACGUCAGCGUGAACAAGAACGAUUACAAAGACGACGGAAGACUCUAUGUAAUCAUAGCAUUCCAUCGGAUUAUUAUGAGGAAGAAAGUUGUAAUAAUUCCAAGACAAAGGGACGAAAGAGAUUGAAAAGAAUGAGUGAUGAUGUAGCAUUUAAAUUGAAUAAUCAAGAAGAAGACGAAGAAGAAGAGCAAGAAGAAGAAGAGAAGCAGAAGGAAGAAGAGAAUCAGAAGAUUGAAGAAGGACGUUCUAGUGUGAGUUUAUUAGAUCAAGCCUAUGAAAUGCGUAAGAAGAUGGAAGAACAAGGAGUGAAUCAACAAAAGAUACAACAGGAUGCACAGGAAGUUCAUAUGCUCAAGGAAGCAAGUUAUGUUCAAAAAGUGGCACUUGUAUCAGCUCAUGAACGAGCAGAAGGAAUUCAUUAUAAAGAAAUAAUGAAAACAACAUGGAAACCACCAGGUUUUAUUGCAAACAUGACACAGGAAGAAUGUGACGCUGUUCGAAAGAAGUGGCAUAUUCUAGUGGAAGGUGAAAACGUCCCGCCGCCGAUCAAAUCGUUCGAGUACAUGCGAUUCCCACAAGCAAUUUUAGAUGCUCUAAAGGCAAAAAAUAUCAUGAGACCUACACCGAUUCAAGUGCAAGCAAUACCGUGUAUUCUGGCAGGACGGGACAUGAUUGGUAUUGCAUUCACAGGUUCGGGAAAGACAGUGACAUUCACGUUGCCAUUGGUGAUGUUGGCGCUUGAGGAGGAAAAGAAAAUGCCAAUUACUGGCCAUGAAGGUCCUUUUGGACUAAUUGUGGGACCGUCACGCGAGCUCAUGAGACAGACAUUUGAAGUAGUAAAGCACUUUACAAACCACCUAUUCAAGGCAGGUUAUCCGGAACUCCGGAGUCUGCUUUGCAUUGGUGGAGAAGACAAGCGUCAACAAUCCGACUUGAUCGCCAGUCGUGGUGUGCAUAUCGUGGUCGCUACUCCUGGUCGUCUGAACCACUUUUUGAAGCUACGCGAGAUGAAUCUGCGUUUGUGUAAAUACAUUUGUUUAGAUGAAGGCGAUCCUACGAUGCCCCAAAAGUUCCAGGAUUUUGCCAAGGACGUGCUAGUUAAGCCUGUUCUAGUUAAUGUCGGUCGUGCCGGCGCUGCCAACUUGGAUGUGAUCCAAGAAGUUGAGUACGUGAAGCAGGACGCUAAGAUUGUUUAUCUGCUGGAGUGCUUGCAGAAGACAAGUCCUCCCGUUGUUAUAUUCUGCGAGCGCAAAGGCGAUGUUGACGAUAUAUAUGAGUAUCUGAUCUUGAAGGGCGUUGAAGCAGCCUCGAUUCACGGUGGAAAGGACCAAGAGGAGCGUAAUGAGGCAAUCGAUUUAUUCAAGAGCGGGCAAAAGGAUGUACUGGUUGCCACGGAUGUGGCUGCCAAGGGUCUUGACUUUCCAGAUAUUAAACACGUCAUCAAUUUCGACAUGCCUGCAGAAAUUGAAAAUUAUGUGCAUCGAAUUGGCCGCACUGGUCGUUGUGGUAAGACCGGUGUUGCUACGACCUUUAUCAACAAAAGUGUACCAGAGAGUGCACUGUUGGAUCUGAAGCAUUUGCUUGUCGAGGCCAAGCAAACGGUGCCGCCGGUACUUAAGGUGUUGGAGGACCCGUACGAGGACUUGGAGCGUGCUGGCGACGGCCUUUCCAAUGCCACAGGCACCAAGGGCUGUGCCUUUUGCGGUGGUCUGGGUCACCGUAUUACGGACUGUCCAAAGGUGGAUUCACAGUUCGCAAGUAUUCCAAGGGGUCAGUUCGGCAAUACAGUGAAGCAGCACAGUAUAAAGAUACCGCACAAGGAACCACAAGCAAGACGACUUGACUGCAAAAAAACACUUGAGCCUGUAAGCCUUUUCCUGCUGAAUGUAGCUCGUCCAUGCACAUUUCGCUGUCUAGACGCUUUUUCGUGA